UUUGUUCAAUUAUUGUUAGUUAUGAAUCGUUCAAUUUUUGUUUUAUUUGUUUUUGCUGCUAUUUGGUUUGUCCCAGCUGAAUUUGCUGAAGACAAAGAGGGAGUGGAUGAUAAUAAAUCCAUGACAAAAUUGCGUAGUAGAAGAUAUGGUGGAUGUAGUUCCUGUGCAACUACAUGUAGCACUUGCGGAAUAAGUGGAUACUCUACAUAUUCAAGCAGUAGUUAUCCAAGUUACCCCGCCUCUAGCGGAAAUAGUUAUAUUCCCAGUAGUGGAGGUGGUUGCUCAUCUUGUGGAAGUGGGGGGAGCUAUGGGGGUAGUGGAACUGGAAGUAGUUGGUGGUGGAAAUCAUCAUCUGGAUCCUCAUCACCAAGUUUUGGAUCUGGAGGAGGUGGUUUUGCACCAAAUUACGCACCAAGCUCUGGUGGAGGUGGGGGUUGUGGAGGAGGUGGAUGUGGCUCUGGGGGAGGAGGAUGUGGAGGAGGUGGUUGUGGUAAUGGAGGAACUGUCCACACUGUCCAUACAUAUACUUAUCCUGCAUCAUCUGGUGGUGGAAAUUAUGGAUAUGGAGGGGGCUGUAAUGUUUGUGGAAAGAAGAAAUAA